AUGUAUCGGCAACACGACGGUUAUGCAUAUUAUGAGGAAAGGCAACGCGCAUUCCGAUGCCCUGGUGGGGGAGGCGGGGCUUAUCGACAGGGUUCUGCGGGAUCAAGGCUUGCACGCCACAUGGGGCUAUGUCGCGUCGGCAAACAACCCUGCGGACGGUAUAUCACGAGGAGCAAAGGUUCUGCCGACGGACAUCGCGAAGGGGUGGGACUUGCGAAGGGGAGCGCGGGGGGCGGGUUAAGGGCGCUUUCAGCACCUCCUUUUCGUCAGUGGGGCUACAAGCUUUCACUUCCUUAUAAGGGGAAGGCCUUGAGGUUACCGGAUGUCUCCCUUUCUGAUGCGUACCAGGGGCAAGGGGUUUUCGAAUUGGGAUCUAGAUAA